GUGGACUCAGAAGUGCUCAGUCGCAGUCUGUCCAGACGUGAGGAGGAAUGGCGAGCCCUCUCAGCGUCUUCGUCUUUAUCUCUGCUGUAUAUCUCUGUCCAGAAUUGUCUUGUGGAUCUACGACCUCAGGGAACAGAAGGGCGAACCAAGAACGAUGUGGCUUCAAGAUUCAGACCGCUCCAGAGGGAAAUCGUAAGCUCGGCGUCACCUUCAGAUCUGACAAUUGCUCUUCCAACUACCCGCUGGGAAAACAUGUGAUCCAUGAAGUCACCAAUGUCACCUUCAGCCACCUGGCAUGUGAGGAGCAGGCUGGUGUGGUGGUCCAAUGGUCUGCCAGUCCACUAGGAAUCGAGCACAUCAAGGGAUUUCGAGUUUAUCUGGAGGACAAGAAUCCAGACGGGAAGCAGUGUCAGCACUUGAUCCUCAAGGACCCACGACAGCUCAACUUUUCAUACAAGAACACGAAACUGAGCAGUCAGCCUUUCAGUGGUCUGAACUUUGACACUGACUACAUGGUUCGGGUGGUUCCGUUUCCAACUCUGAUGAACGAGAGCUUCUUCCCUCCCUCCUUCCUCCGGACAAACUCCUGUGAAGUUCUUCUGGGUGCUGACAACCUGGUCUGCAAACCAUUCUGGAAGCCCAAGACACUUGGCGUAUCUCAGCUGGGCUCCAACCUCCACGUUGCCUUCGAGCAAGCGCCGCCCUCUUUCGGCUUCCACCUGUACUACAUCUACUACAAGCUGCGGCAGAACGGCCCUUUCAAAGUGCAGCGUUGCAGACCAGAUGUGAAUCAACAGAAAAUGACCUGCGUCCUCCAGAGCGUGACCCCGGGGACGUACACCAUUGAGUUGAGAGACGAGACUAACACGACCAGGAGACAGACGCAGUAUCACGUCAGCCAAGUCCACUCUCCCUGGGCCGGUCCCAUCAGAGCCAUGGCCAUCACGGUUCCUCUGGUCAUCAUGUCCGCCUUCGCCACUCUCUUUACAGUCAUGUGUCGCAAGAAACAGCAAGAAAACAUCUACAGUCAUUUGGACGAGGAGAGCAGUGAGUCAUCCAAUCAGAGCGCAGCGUUGAACUCUGAUCGACCGUGGCCCCGGCCCAAAGUCUUCAUCUGCUACUCCAGUCGAGACUGUCCCAAACACACCAGCGUCAUCCAGAGCUUCGCCUUCUUCCUGCAGGACUUCUGCGGCUGCGAGGUGGUGCUGGACUUGUGGGAACAUCUGGAGAUGUGCAAGGAAGGUCAGAUGUCGUGGCUCAGCAGGCAGCUGGAUGAAGCAAACUUCAUCAUCACGGUUUGCUCAAGGGGACUCAGGUACUUCAUGGAGAAGAAGAGCCGUAAAGGAAAGACGCCUGUCGGUCGCCGUGGUAACGGCAGCGGCUCUCAGACAGGCGGAUCCAGCAGCGACCUGUUUGUUGUGACCGUGGCCAUGAUCGCGGAAAAGCUUCGGCUGGCGAAGCAGAGCGAGUCUGACGCGGCUCAGGAGCUGGACCGCUACAUGGCCGUGUAUUUUGACUACUCUACUGAACACGACAUCCCGACCAUGCUGAGCCUGGCGCCCAGACUGAAGCUGAUGGACCAGCUCCCUCAGCUCUUCGCCCGCCUCCACUCCAGUCAGGCCGCUGUUCUUGAUCGAGACUCACAGCCGCUCAACGUUUCCAGGAGAAACUACUUCCGGAGCAAAUCCGGACGCUCGCUCUACGUGGCCAUCUGCAACAUGCACCAGCACAUCAGCCAGAACCCCGACUGGUUUGAGAGGCAGCUGGCUCCUGCAGGACCCUCCUCCUUUUCACCAGCAGCUCCUUCAGUCUCAGACCAGGAGGCCUCUGCUGAAGCCUGCUCGUCAUCCUCGUCUCACCCUGAGGCCAGGCUGGACGGGGGUCUGGUUCUGAACGAGGUGGUGGUGAGAAAGCCUUCAUCAGAGAGUGGCGACGGAGCUCUGAAGAGGAACGUGCUGCUUCUGGCCCCUGAGUCCGUUCCUUCUCUCAGCGAGAGUCCCAGUUCGAGUCCAGGUCUCCCGCACUGCUCCUUGUCUUCAAAGGCUCUCACGUCCAGAUCCACCUCUGGGCUGUCCAGAAGUCUUCCAGAAGAAUCCUCUUCCUCCUCCUCUUCAUCGGCUCCCUCAAUUCUCCAGGAGGACCCUUGUCCUUCUUCCAUCCAGACAGAAGAGGUGCCACUCGCUCCUCCAGAGCUCCCACCUCCUCGGGACUCGGGCAUCUACGACUCCUCUGUGCCCUCAUCAGAACUGUCCAUUCCACUCAUGGAGGGUCUCUCCCAUGACCAGGCCGACUGCUCCUCCUUGGCUGGCAGCGAGUCGUCCUCGUCUGGCCUUGGUGACGAGGAGCCGCCUGCCGUCGUGCCGCUGCGCUGCAGCACCGCCACUGUCUGCAAAGCGGAACUGCACCAGCAUCACCACAGCGACGCUUUGGAACCAGUGGCAUCUUAGUACUUUUUCACAGUCAAGUUGUUGGAAUAAGUGACAGCUGGAGUCAUGAAAGAUUAAUAAUCAUAGCGUUUCAACUCAUCAGUUGACCUUUGAUGUACAGGAGACACAGCAACUAACUGGGACCGAUGGCUUCAGGAUUGAAAACGUAUUAAGCUGAACUACAAGGUGAACAUAUUGGAAAGUUAACUGGACUGUUUACCCAUUCACUACAAACAUUCAAGCGUGGACUAAUAUUUCGGGCAAAGCUAACAACCUAACCACUGAGUCCGCAAAUGUAUUUGUCUGUAUUUCUGCUUCACAUUGUGUGUGACGGUACUUUAUAAUGCUUUUGUUUGUGACUCACAUUUUCUAGACUUCCACACUCGACACUGUUUUAAGUGACAGGAUUUUAAAGGGAACCAAUUGGACACAAAUAUUUUUAUUCACUGGACUAUUUACAGUCUCAACAGGUUUUAUUUAUUUUUGCCUCAUAGCUGUCAAUUUCAAAAUAUUUUUAAUCAGCAGUGCCACGAUUCUGGAUUUAACAGUAAUAUUUUUAUGCAGAGUUUGAAUUUUUUUCCUUUUUAUCAAAAGGAAAAUUUGUAAAUAUUUUGUAUAUUUUUUUAUAUUGUUGGAAGUUUUGUGUUUUUAGAAUGUAAUGUGGUUUUAUAGAAAUGUACUGUUUUAUAGUACUCUUGUGUAGGAAGUCAA